AUGCGGGAUUCCUGUUGCACCACCAUUCUUGGCAGUUUAGAAAACCACCACCCUGUGAAGUUGGGUUCUGAUGCCAAGAAAGGAUGGCAGACACAUAAGCAGCAACAGAGCUCAAAUCUGAAGGAUGUCCACAUGGACUUAGUUGUCACAGAUGCAGCUGCUUUCACGCCCACACUCCAUGGAACACCAUGUGAGCAGGCCAAAGCCAGACUACAAUUGGUUCUUGAAGCUGCUGCAAAAGCUGAUGAAGCACUAAAAGCCAAAGAAAGAAAUGAAGAAGAAGCAAAGAGAAGAAAAGAGGAAGACCAAGCCACCUUGGUGGAACAAGUAAAAAGAGUUAAAGAAAUUGAAGCCAUUGAAAGCGAUUCUUUUGCUCAGCAGACAUUCAGAUCAAGUAAAGAAGUCAAAAAGUCAGUAGAACCAAGUGAAGUGAAGCAUGUGACUCCAGCAUCAGGACCAGCAUCAAUAGCCGCUGACCCACCCAGCAUCAAAAAGGAAAUAGACCCUGACAGCAUCCCCACGGCCAUCAAGUACCAAGAUGACAAUUCUCUGGAUCAUCCAAAUUUAUUUAUUGAAAAAGCUGAAGCUGAAGAAAAGUGGUUCAAGAGAUUAAUUGCUCUCCGACAGGAAAGACUAAUGGGCAGUCCUGUGGUCUGAGGAAGAGAUUUAUGGUUGAAUUGACAGAAAUCUUG